ACGUGAUUUCAAAUUUGUAAGGAACUUCAUAACAAAAAAUGUUUCAGCAAUAAGUAACUCUUUACAGCAAAUCCUACCAACUCCCUUGUCAGGAACAAUUAUGCUCACUUCAAAAAUCUGGAAGCAUUUGAAGAAGCCUCAUACAAACAGUCCUUUUCCAGAACCAGUAGACAAACAUUACUCUCAAGCCGGUCAAGAUCAUGCUGUGUAUAACAUAUUUCCAAAGAAAAACGGGGUUUUCAUCGAAAUGGGGGCUUACAAUGGUAAAAUCCAUUCCAACACUUUGUGGUUGGAGAGAAAACAUAAUUGGACAGGAUUGCUGAUAGAAGGAAACCCAGUAUCAUGUCCCAACAUUGACCGCGUCCAACGUAACGCCUGGUGUCUCUGCGCAUGCGUGUCUCGUGAAAAUGAAACAACGUUUAUAGAAGCAGAUGAACUAGGGGGUUCUGAAAAAGACAUGGUGGACAGUCAUGUCAUUGAAUUGAAAGGGUACAAAAGGACCAAAGUACCUUGUUUUCAAUUAAUUGACGUAUUACAAUUAAUCGGUGUUUUCCACAUUAAUUACUUUUCGUUGGAUGUAGAAGGCGGAGAAAUGGCGGUGCUGAACAGCAUGAAAGAGCAGUUGAUUUCU